ACAUAAGUGGGCAAACAAUAUCACUUUGAAAUUGGGGUACUAUUAAUAUGACCGAUACUGUAUGCAUUUAUAAAACAGGAAGAAGUUAAAAGGGCACAAAUGCUGUCACACGUCACCCCGCAAUCAAAGACAAUCAAAAUAAAUACAUACAUACAUACGUAUGUAUGUACCUACAUACAUGCAUUACAGUACAACAAUAAAUUAAAUAUUUGCUCACGAGUGUACAAGUUGCAAAAAAAAAAACACGCAGAUAACACAAGAACACACCCACAACUAAGUGAACAUCUAACAUGUAUUUUGUGAUCAUUAAAGGCUUCAUUAUCGCAUUGAUAUGCAUAUUGCUUCAAUAGUUGAUUGGCCAAGCGCGCAACUUCAGCGGAUGAAUGUACAUAAAAGACUUGGCAUUGAAACGAGGAGUAAAACAGUUGGUGUGGGAAUACGAUCGCGUCAAGACGGUGUGGCCGGUGGUUCAAGGAAGUGUGGUUGAUUUUGUAAAAGAAUAAAACAAACAAAAAAAAAAACGACAAAUACGUUACAACUGUUGGUGCAGAUCGAAACGGAUCGAAUAUGUCACAAGAGUACAGUAUUUCUGAGAUUGCACAAAAUAAUGGACGCGACGGCAAACCAGUGUGGAUUAUUUUUAAAGAUGGCGUUUACGAUGUCACGAAAUUCCUGAAUGAUCAUCCUGGCGGUGAAGCUUCACUACUCGAAUAUGCUGGUAAGGAUGCUACAAAAGCCUUCAAUGAAGUGGGUCAUUCAACUGACGCCGUAAAGGAAAUGAAAUCAUAUAAGAUUGGUGUUCUUAGAACGGAGAACACACAAAUAAUUAACAGCCAGCCCGCGCCUGCAUCCAGUGAUUUGAGUGCGAAACAGCCGUCAGAAAAUUACUCUACACCAAAAAAGAAACCAGCUAAGUUUUGCUUUUGCUGUUAAGCAAAAAAAAAACGCAACAAUUUGCCUGUCUGUGAUGCCACUGAAAAUCGCUGAGGUUUAAAAAUAAUUUAUUUGUACGUUGGCAUAUGUAUGUAUGUACAUAUACAUAUGUAUAUGCAGCAAAAGUCAACAUAUUUAUGUACAUACAUAAAUAGCGCUUAAUCAUUUUCAUCUCCAUAAUUGUAAUUCUAUGUCCAUCUUCAUGUAGAU